UCCAACCAGUGUCUCCUACCCCCACCCUCAACCAUCUCCUCCCUUUCUCCCCCCACCUCCCCGGUCGCAAAGGGACUUGGAGUUGGCGGGAGCCUAUAAAAGCCCAUCAUAGAAAGAGCCGGGGACAGACUUGCAGUAACCAGUGCAGAGGUGCAAUCCAAGGGCUAAUUACUAAACCCUGAACAGCUUGCAAGACCAUGUCCCAACACCAUUGGGGAUAUGAGCCAGGCGUGAACGGACCAGAAAAAUGGCAUGAGGCUUUUCCUAUUGCCCGUGGAAAACGACAGUCUCCUGUGGAAAUUGAGCUCUCCAAAACACUGUAUGACAGUUCUCUGAAACCUCUGCACAUCACCUAUGACCCCUGUGACGCUAAGAGGAUCAUCAACAAUGGUCAUUCCUUCAACGUCGAGUUUGAUGAUUCCACUGAUACAUCAGUACUAUGUGGAGGACCUCUGAUUGGAAAGUACAGAUUGAUCCAAUUUCAUUUUCACUGGGGCAGCAGUACUAAUGUUGAGGGCUCUGAGCAUAUUUUGGAUGGAAAGCAAUAUGCAGCUGAGCUUCACUUGGUUCAUUGGAAUACAAAAUACGAAAGUUUCAAGGUUGCUGUGACUAAGGAUGAUGGACUGGCUGUUAUUGGGGUCUUUUUACAGGUGGGACAUGACAAACCAGAACUUCAGAAAAUCAUUAAUGCUAUGAGUAAUAUUCGAACAAAGGGUGAAAAUAUAGCUUUCACUAACUUUAACCCAGCUUGUCUUCUUCCUGAGUGUUUGGAUUAUUAUACUUAUCCUGGCUCAUUGACCACUCCUCCUCUCUUGGAAUGUGUGACCUGGAUUGUUUUAAAAGAGCCUAUCUGUCUGAGCCAUGCACAGAUGAAAGAAUUUUACUGCCUUUACUUCACUGGUGUUGGAGAAAAACCUGAAAAACACAUGAUGUGCAAUUGGCGCCCUGUUCAGCCCCUCUAUGACAGGACAAUUAAAAGAUCUUUCAAAAGUUGAUUUCUGUAGAAAAUGACCCUAACUAAGCACAAAUGUGUCUGUACACUGGUAGCAUCUAUUCUAGUCUCAAUCCUUUUGUAUGUGUACUGGAAUUUCUAUCUCAUAAAAUAUAAAAAGGUUGUAGACCAAGUUAAGAUGUUCUUAAUGUGUGAACCCCAGUAACCUACAAGUGCAGAUCCAUGUGCAAUGCUUGGCAAGGUGAUAUUGACCUGGUGCUUAGUGAUAGCUAUGCUUUUUUUCUCAAGAACCCAUAAAAUUGUUGCUUCCUCCCCUAUGAUAGAGCGUAUGAGUGCCUAGAGCUGUAAAUCCUUAAGGUGUUUUAAAAUAUAGCAAAGCAGAAAAAUUGAAGACAAAUCUCCAAUAAGUGAUUAAAUUGAAUCAAUAUAAAGUGUGAGAAGGCAGAAUUAAUAAUAAUGAUUCCAAGAGAUUACAUUUAAGAUGUUGAAAUAUAGUUUUUACAAAUUCUUAUAUGUUUGUAGGAAUGAUGUUUUUGUGAAUUUUGAAUUAAGUAUUAUCUAGAAAAAGAUUUUAAUUAUAGUUAUUUAAAAUACAGAUUAUAUUUCCAUUCAGAUGAUAUAUACCAUAAUUUAAAGAAAAAUUCAUAUUGUAUUUUAGAUAUAUGUUGGCUAAUAAAAUAAAUAAUUAU